GUUGAGAAGAUUCAUAGUCUCGACAAGAGGGUUCAUGCGUGUCCGCGUCCACGUGAAGCGGGUUCUCUGCCUACACCAUUCCAUUUAUGCGUGAGCAAGUUGGGAACGAUAGAAGCCCUCAUUCAUUGGGUCUCAUUCGAAACCCAACAACCUUCUCUCUCUGCUCGUUCAGAGAUUCACAAUUUUGAAUUCAAAUCCUUUCAAGUACGUGCUUCGAACACAUAAAAGCGCAGUUAUUCGAUGUUGAAGUACUAUUUUGGAAAAGAAUUUCAAUUCUUUUUUCACGAACGUCGCAUUAACAAGUCUUCGUUAUAUCCGGAAUUCGCGGGGAAAUGUGAUCUGUAUUAUUGACGUAUUUGAAGCAGCAAAUCCUAGUUAACUUCUGAGAUAUACGGAAUGAAGUGGAGUCCGCGAAUUUUCGCACAAUUUUUACUGGGUGUCUCAGUGCUGACAACUACUGCGGGCCAUGGAGUAAAUGAAGGUGCGUUUCAUGGAGAUGAAUUUCGCAAUUUUUUGGUGUCGGGUUCAAGGACUGUGCUCAACGGAUUGCGAGACCACUUUAACCGGGGCGUGAAGUUUCCUGAGGAAAGAUUCCGACAGACCAUAGCAGAGGUCAACACUUUCAUUUCCGGCGUCGAACAGUACGUCUCAAGAGAAACUUCGAAACCAGGGUUGAAUUUUCUUCCCUCUGGGUAUUCUCAAGAAACGCCGGCACUCGAAGAACUGCCGGAUUCCGGGAAGAAGAUCAUCUUUCCAACCCAAGGCCAGUCUGAAUUACAACCUGAAGAACUGGAAGUUCGUGGUCCACAGAUCCAGACAGAGAAAUCAAUUGAUGAACCAGCCGGAAAGGAACGCUGUGACGAUUCGAAGGGAUUUUUCCGGCACGAUGUCGACGGAGAGUGUCGAGAAUUGCUGUCAUGGGAUGCUUGUCCACUUGGGUAUUGGCUGGUUCGCAAAAAGGCGACACUAACAGUCACCUGUGAACCUCAUCCCUGUGGAGACACCAGCAAAAUUUUUCUUGGACCCACAGGAGAGUGCAUAUCUUCAGAAAAUGUGACAAUGGCUGCAAUGACAGUGUGUUCAGAAACCCAGAGACCCCUGAUCACUGAGAAAGGAGCCGUGGAGUGCUUCUGUCGAGAUGGUUUUUUCUCUGUGCCUUCGACGACGACGACGACGUCGGCGUCUCCCCCCUGCUUCCAGCUACACACCCGCGGGCCAUGCAAAGAUGAUGAGGUGCUUGUCAUGACGACAUCACCUGCUGUGAGCCCGACAUUGGGCGCAAUAGCGACGACAUUGUCAGCUCCGCUGUCGUCGAGUCGACGUCGCAAGGACAACCCGGGAUCAGCCGAUCGGGAACCGAAUGCGGAACCCGGCGUACCCGCAUGUCGACGCAACCUUUGCCCGCAGGCCGAGAGACUCGCGGUUUCAGAACAGCACGGCUAUUGUUUUCAGCUGGGAAAGCAAGAGCCAUGCAAGCGAGGGCAUAUCUUUGACUUGCAUCCAGAAACACAUAAGCCAACUUGCGUCCAAUCCAAUGAAGAUGGUUUGGGACUUCCGAAUUCUGCAAUCUUUCAAAAUAAAGAGGUUAUGUGUCAGCCAGCCUCAGUGCGAUCUUACUACAAGCAAUGCGUGAAGGAUGAGCCAAAUUCCUCAGAGCUGAGAGAGACACUGUAUACUUCGUGUUCCACACAUGGCCAUUGGAAGGUGUUGGACCCAAUCUCGAAACGGGUUGUUUGUCGGGAAGUUCCUUGCAGUUUGACCAACGAAUUCCUGACCACAUCCGGCGCCUGCGAGAAUGAAACCCGUUUCCUUUCUUCGUGCAAAUCGGAGAGAAAUUCUACGUCCGUCAAGCUGGCACUCACGACUCAUGGUACUGUUGAGUGUGAGUGCGGAUCGGGCCACGUUUUUUGGCCACUGGAUGGAAACUGCUACCAAGUGCUGGCAAGCAACACCUGCACGCCAACCCGGAAGCGGAUAGGGCACCCGGUUUACCGCAUUGCAGUAAACCGGGUCAAGAACAAAGAUAAUCAUUUCCGGCAGCGAACGCCGGCUCCCGAAGCCUUCGGGGCUUUGGGAGAAGAAUAUUACAUCUCAAGAGCUACGUCUGAGAGCUUGUGGGUUUACCUGACUGUGGAAAUCAUACUUGCGUCCUAG